AUGGAGAAGAAGUUAAGGAUAAAGAAGAAAGUAUGGAUGGGAAAGAAGUUUGGGAUGGAGAAGAAGUUUGGAAUGGAGAAGAAGUUAAGGAAGAAGAAGAAGUUAAGGAGGAUGGAGAAGAAGUUAGGGAAGGAGAAAAAAUUAAGAAUGAAGAAAAAGUUAGGGAAGGAGAAGAAGUUAAGUGUCGCCGCCUCCCCGAAAACGGGGGCGCG